UGUUCCCUACACGCCAUGUACAAGUCACACACAGCACCGUCCCUCACAUCACCACAGCUCAGUGCUGGAUCAUGCGCAGUGCUCGCCCACAGCCGCCGCUCCGUGUGGGAUGGCGGUGCCGCAGCACGCAGGUGCGGCCGGGCGGGGCGGCGCGGCGCAGGUGCGGUUCGGCGGGGCGGUUCGGUUCGUCGUGGCGGUGCGGUUCUGCCGCGGGCCAUGUCUCGCAGCGCCGUCUCGUCCCCCUCCGGGGCCGCCACCCCGUUCCCGCCGCCCCCGCUGCCGCUGCAGCCGCCGUUCGGUCCGGACGCGGUGCCGGGCGGCGGGCAGGCCGAGCUGAAGCCGGUGCGGCGCUUCAUCCCCGACUCGUGGAAGAACUUCUUCAAGGGGAAGCGCGGCCGCUCGUCGGGCUGGGACAGCGCGGCGUCCGACAUGAGGUACGUGUCGGACGGGACGCCGUGCUCGCCGCCCGCAUCGCCCGGCCUGACGCGGGUGCGGCCCGGCUGCUCGUCGCAGGAAGCCGAGGCCAUGCUGCGAGGGGACUCGCUGGGCGCGCCCACCGGCAUGACGUACAGCGAGCAGGUGGAGGCCUACCGGCAGCGAUACGCCUACAUGAAGUCCUGGGCCGGGCUGCUGAGGCUGCUCGGUGUGGCCGAGCUGCUGCUGGGAGCCGCCGUGUUCGCCUGCGUGACCGCCUACGUGCACAAGGAUAACGAGUGGUACAACAUGUUCGGGUACUCGCAGCCCUACAACUACGGCACGGCCUAUGGUGGGUAUUAUUACAGCGGGCCCAAAACGCCCUUCGUGCUGGUGGUGGCUGGAGUGGCGUGGAUCGUCACCAUCGUGCUGCUGGUGCUCGGCAUGUCCAUGUACUACCGCACCAUCCUCCUCGAUUCCAACUGGUGGCCGCUGACCGAGUUUGGCAUUAACGUGGCCAUGUUCCUUCUGUACAUGUCUGCUGGCAUCGUGUACGUCAAUGACAUCAACCGAGGGGGGCUCUGCUAUUACCAGCUGUUUAAGACACCGAUAAACGCCUCUUUUUGCCGUGUGGAAGGAGGUCAGACGGCAGCAGUCAUCUUCCUGUUCGUCACGGUGGUCGUCUACCUGAUCAGUGCUCUGGUUUCCCUGAAGCUGUGGAGGCACGAAACAGCCAGGAGGCACAGGGAGCAGAUGGAACAAGAGAUGAAAACACAGUUGUCGUUACCGGACAAGAAGUAUACUGAAAGUGACAACACAGCAAGAGAAGAGGUUGCUUACAGGCAGCUUAAAUCAAUGGAAAGGAAACCAGAGCUCCUUAAUGGUCAUAUACCUGCAGGCCACAUUCCUAAACCUAUAGUGAUGCCAGACUACUUAGCGAAAUACCCAGCAAUUCAAACAAAUGAAAUGCGAGACCGAUAUAAAGCGGUGUUCAAUGAUCAGUUUGCUGAGUACAAAGAACUGUCUGUGGAAGUUCAUGCUGUACUAAAGAAGUUUAAUGAGCUAGAAGCAUUGAUGAGACAACUUCCUCACCACCCUGGAAGCGUAUAUGAACAGGAAAGGAUAUCAAAAGUUCUGCAAGAAUACGAGAAGAAGAAAAAUGAUCCUGCAUUUCUGGAGAAAAAGGAGCGUUGUGAAUACCUAAAGAAUAAGCUUUCUCACAUAAAGCAACGAAUUCAGGACUAUGAUAAAAUUAUGAACUGGAAAGUACAAAUUUAGAAGUGCCUUGAGCUUGGAUGUAAUAUUUUUCUAGUUUUUAAAUCAAUAUGUGUAUUUUAAAGUAUUUAUUUACUCUCAGAUCUGUAUACUUUCAGCGGGGAUAACAGCUGCCUGAUCACUUCAUUAGGUAUUGUAUGUUACCGAUAGGGUCUAUAUGCAGAUUCAGUUAUAAAUCUGUGUAACGAAUUCAGAUACGUUUAGGAUACCAGUGUUAACAUUCUGCUUUCUUCAGGCAAUACAUAGAAUUGCCUCUUAAUUAAGUAUACCUUAUUUGGAAAGUUGGAAUAUCCACUAGAAAAGGCAAUUCUAAGCACUGUCAAAAGCAUGCAUACAAAUACUGUAAUGAUACAGGUGACAUCUUAAUGAUAUCAAGAGUUGCAUUGUUCUCUGUGGCUGGGGUUUGGUAGAGUAUUUGAUCACACUGAGGAGUUUCAGCAAGUAGGAAAUGAGUUUUACAAGUCAGCUGCAUUUUUAAAUGCACCAUAGUACAUAAGAGAUGACUGGGAAUUUUGCCUAAUAAGAAAUGCAGAAUGAGUUCCUAUGUAAGCAGUGAUUAUAUGCUCUUUUUUUCUAAUUGUUGUUGUUUUGUUUGCAUGCUCCUCUGCAGAGGUGAUGCAGCAAACUCAGAAGUGACCUUAAAAGAUUAAAAGAAGAGCAGCGUUGAGCAUUCCACAUUCAGCAUUCCACUGGUGUUGCUGUAGUUGCAGGAUAAUCUGCAUAUAUUUCUGGGACAUUUCAGUGGGCUUCUACUGGGCUAAAUAAAGAAACAGUACUUCUCUCUGUCAGCAAGAAACUGGACUUUUCACUGUAGCCCAGUUUAAUUUAUGUAAAUGCUGCUGUUUGUGAACUUAUUCAGAGAUUAAGUACAACAAAAUUAAUUCUCAAUGUAUAAAUUAUUAGCAUCUUUUAUAAGGCCAGGAAUGUUUUCUUUCCUAGUGUGUAUCUUUAUAAAUUCAAUAUAAAUUUUCAUCUGUGAUGGGGCUAUAGGUUUAUAUAUGCGAAUUUUCACACAAGCCAGAGAAUUUUCUCUUUUUAUCCUUUUUCACACCUUUUUUUAAAAAAAACCUUUUUUUUACAUAGUAAAAUUUCUGGAAGCAUUAAUAGUUUCCUUGUACAGUUUUAUAUAAUUGCAAAUGGACUGUUUUUCUGAAAUGCAUUUUAGUUUCAUUAAAGAAAUGAAACAACUUAAUGAUGUUGAUCCAUUGCUUAUAUAAUCACAUCAUUGUUAAAAUAUAUGUUGCCACUGUUGCUCAGUAUUGAAAACACACUAAUACACCUAACUCUGAGCUUUAUUUCUGGUUUGAUUUUUGAGCUCUUAUUGUCACUUAUAUUGCAAUCUUGAGGUUACAGCUUACUCCCAUACUUAGAAAAUUGACUUUCCAUUAUCAGCCACUUUAAUCCCAUGAGUUUUAGAAGGUAGAGUUAAUAAUACAAGACACCAUGAGAGAGUUAGAACAUUUGGCACCUCCUCAUUUGAUGGGCUUCAGCCUUCACCAUCUGUAAGAUCUCUCAGUAUUACUCUGUCUGAGGUCUUACAUUCUGUUUUCUUUCUUUUCUCAGUUGUCUCAGGUUCAGGUUUCUCUCCUUUUUAAAGAAGAGAAGUCCCCUCUACCUUAUGAAGUGCCUGGCCCUAGUGUUCUAUACCUGCUGUAGUGUAUGCAUUCUAAAGGACAAGCUUUUGUUUGAAAGCUUCCUGUCCAAGUCCCUUCAAUCUAAAUGCUCUUUUGCUUUAUACUUGGCUUUUUUGUCAGUGGAAACUCUAGGCUUUCCAAUCUGUACCAAAUGUAUAAGCAAAAGGAAGUCAUUUUUUUAACGUUAUACACAGUUGAUGGCUAUGAUGCACAGAUUGCAGCAAGUUUACUACACAGGAGGUGUUUGUGUGCUCUGACCAUCUUCAUGUCCCUCUUCUGGACCUACUCAACAGCUCUGCAUCUUUCUCAUGAUGGGGUUCCCAACCUGGGUGUGGUAUUUUGGUGAGGUCUCAGAAGGUCGAAGAAGAGAGAAACAACCAGUGUCAUCCACAAACUUACUGGGGAUGCACUCAAUCCCACUGUAAUUCAUGAAAACACUGUACGGUUUUGCUCCCUGUACAGACUCAUGAGAGACAGAACUUGUUUCUGGUUUCAGUUUGGACAUUGAACUGCUGACUCUAGCUCCCUGGAUGUAUACAAAAAGCCAGUCCUUUAUUCAUCCAACAAAUACAUAUUUCUCCAAUUUAGAGGCAAGAGUGUUGGGGGAGAGGGACAUAUCAAGGCUUUACAGAAGGUUCUGCACCCCUAGUAGACCUUUCUGCCAUAAGAGCACUUAUUUUCAGCCUCCCUUUGAAAGUGAUCUGAGUUUCAGUUUCUGAUGGCUUCUGGACCUUCAGACAAUGUCUACAACCUCUGCAGAACUAUCGUGCUUCUCUUCCUGCUGAUUUUCCAGCAUAGAUUUUGGAGAAAUCAAGAUUCGUGCGAUAGGAAUUGGUUGCUGUGUGAGCUUUCCAGGAGUGUGAAUUUUCAAGCUGUAUUUCAUAAAUGGCUCUGUAUAUUUUUGCACAAAUAAAGCAUUGUCUAAUAAAUGUGA